AGAAAACGCGACCGGUUCGUAUCAGUGUGUACGAAUACUCAGAGGAUAGUGGAGAAAUUUGCCUUGGUGGAACUGACCCAGGUUUUUCUGAUAAGUGAUAAAAAGUUGACUAUAAUAUACAACUCGGAUAGCGGGACCGAGAGGGAUACGGAGACUCGAGGUGUACCGAUGUUUCCGGAUUACGCCCUGGAUAAAUCGUUUUGGAUAUUGAAUGUACCUUGAUUGGAUACGAACAGGUUGUGUUUCCUGUAUCCAUUUCUGCAAAAACAAGAAACGGCAUAUGCAGGUAUUUGUUACACAAUUCCAACCCAACGCCAGGCGACAACAUUAGCCUGUUUGGAGCGUCGUCUACUGUCAACAUCCACAACGACCUUUGAGUUAAUUUACUGUGUAGAAUUGUUUUAAGUAGCAUACCGAAUGGAGUUUAAUGGCACAUUCGGAACUCCUCUGGCUUAAUUCGGAAAAUUAUUUGAAUCGUUCUAAAGAACAACGAUUUGACGACAGGAAAAAUUACAACGGAAUUCAUUCCAGAGCACCCCACAACGGUUCCGGCAGUAGUUCGCUGGAAGCACAAAGCGCCUCUUCUCGGGGUAUGCUGAAUUUCCAAGAAAACAGUCCACUUCUGCCUUGUGAGGACGUCGAAGUUUUCUUUAACCAUUUGGACAGACCUUUGCCAAACCAGCAUUCUCCAUCUGAGGUCAGAGGUCAAGGUCGUGACUCUGAGCCCCAUCAUCUGACCGCAUCCACACCAGACUCGAACCCCAAACUCUCCCCCGACAGUAUGUUUCAAAACAGCGCUAUGCACUCUAUGUCGCUUCCAUCGGGUGCGACUGCCCCUACAUACCACGAGUCCCCGGGGGCUAACAGUUUCAUGCAUCCCGCGGGUGCCAGCCCCGUGUAUGUUCCCACGACACGUGCAGUCCUUCCAAUGCAGUAUGUAAGUAACGGAGGCGGACAGUCAGUUUCCACACCGUCCGGAUCUCCAGCCAUGUGGACAAUGCCCCCGGAAGCAUCGUAUAGUACCUCGAAUUCACACCCUUCAGUGUCUCCUCGGUUUGCAUUUGCACCCUCGCCGAGCUCGCCCAUCAGUUCCCCGACGGCCCGGACCGAUACUAGUUACAAUACGCCCCUUGCCCGACCAAGCGGGCUUAGUCCCUACCCCUACAUGAGCCCAGAGUUCGCAUGGAAUUACAACAUGAGUCUACAGCAGGGACUGCGUAGGUCUGCACCCGAUAACCAGGACUAUUUUGCGGAUUUGGAAGGGCGGGAAUGCGUCAACUGCGGAGCAAUUUCUACACCGUUAUGGCGACGGGACGGGACCGGGCACUAUUUAUGUAACGCAUGUGGACUCUAUCACAAGAUGAAUGGAAUAAACCGUCCCCUCAUAAAACCCCAGAGGCGAUUGGGAGAUUUUGGCGAGCCGUAUCCUUCGGGUCCCCAAUACCAAACCCCGGAUCCUUCUCUGCAGGCUUUUGGGGCGUGGACAACGGGACCCAAAGCUAUAGGGAAAUCUAGAUCCGCCUCUCGUCGGGUUGGAUUGUCAUGCGCAAACUGUCAUACGACAACAACUACGUUAUGGCGUCGUAAUAAUGAAGGAGAACCCGUAUGUAACGCAUGCGGACUGUACUACAAACUUCACGGGGUAAACCGCCCGUUAGCCAUGAAGAAGGACGGCAUUCAAACGAGGAAAAGAAAACCAAAAAGUCUAUCAAAAAAUAAAUCUGCCCCAAAGUCCGAACAAAAUGAUAUAAAACCUGACCAUUCUCCUAACAACAAUAACGUCUCCUCUGGUCAGGGUGGACAUGUAACCGGAAGCGGAAACGGCACGCCUUCCAUGAAUGGGACAAACGUCACUGCCCUCCUUGGACCUACAUCCGGUGUAACACCACUCACAGCUGUCGGUUCAGAACAUUCUUCUCUAUCUAGUCCUGUAAAUCUAGCCGCAGUUACGCAUUAUUCUUCACCCUCACCACCUAAGGCAGUUCCUGUCAAGAUGGAGUCCGAACUCCAUGGACACGGUGGUCACGUGUCUGUUGGUGGCAUUCCUCAUUCAGACAAUUCCAGUUUAAGUACUGUUGCAGUCGGUGCUAAUUGAUAAACUUUAUCCCGGCGUUUAUAAUGUUUAUUGUACACGAGCACGUAAUGUAUUGAGAUGUGACGGACUAUGACGAAAGAUGUUAGGAGAAUAGCGGCAAGAAUGAGUGCUGGUUUGAAUUGAAUUAUGUUUUGGAGGUAGACAUUGUCGAACAUAUGAUUGGUUGAUUCAAAAGUCCUAUGAAACAUCUCAAACUUUUCGUACGAUAAUUAUGCAUUGCUUUGGAUCCAUACUCAAUGACUUUCCAUAUACUCCAAUGAAAUCAUGUCGAGAUUUAAGAGUGACAAAAUCCGAAUAAUCGUGGAAACACGACAGUGUUAAUUAAUCUUGCUCAUCAAACCUUCCAUACGAUAAGUGGUCUGCUUACCACAGCUCUACCUCAGGUAAAAUACGAAACUAAGACUCAUUAUAGUUUGUGUUCAGUUUUUGUUUCAUGAAGUAAAAUGUAAACAAUUGUUAUAUUAUGUUGUGUUCUCUAAGCAAGUGUCAAAGUAGACAUUUCGUUUGGUUGAUUAGGACCAGUAUUGAAUUGAGAAGGAUUUAUGUUGUAAAUGCCAAGGGACAUGUUUUGACAAUAUGAAAGUAUUAAUUGGUUUGCGAGUUACAGAGAUUUUUGUAGAUAAAUUCCCCUUAAUAUGUGUGUAAAUAACCACAGUUGUUUUCAAAUGGUAUGAACAUGUGAUUCUUAUAUAAAGUAUAUACAAUUGUAUAUAUAUGCUUAUGAUAAUAAUGUAAAAUAAAAAUAUUUAUAAAAGAUGUGAGUUAUUAGAUAAAAACCAAUUUUUUUCUUAUCCAAUUUUUCAGAAACAUAUAUCAAAUAUCACUUUCUGUGAAUAAAUUUCACUAAGUCGUGUUAUAUUAAUAUAUUACAAUGAGUAUAUUUAUGAAAUUUAUUCGCACAAUUAUAAUGGGUAUUUGGAAGAGAAUUCUUUUGAAAUUGAUAUAAGAAACAGUUUUUACUAAACGUGUUUUUUUUGUGUGGGGCUAUACCGAAAUAUUGCUACAGGUAGAAAUUAUUUUAUGUCAUUAAAAAAAAAACUCCCUAAGAAAUGACAAAUUUUAUUUUUUGUAUUCAGGAAUUCAAACAAAACUUUUUACACAAAGUAUUUAUUAUUGAAUAUAUUAAUUAAAGAAAAAUAUUUCCCCUGCAAUGCACAUGUUCAAAAACGAAAUUCAAAUAUGAUUUCAGAAAGACAAAGUCAUAUUCUCAUAAUUAUACGGAAAUCCUUGCCAUAUCGUAAGGUUUGGUUGUCAUUCAGAACGUGUUGUUCUAGAGAUUUUUAAUUUAUGUCCUGUUUGUGUAUUUGCCCAUAUUUAUGUGCCAUUUGAGAGAAGUAGUUUCACAGGAGUUUUCUUAGGCCUAAUAUAUUUACAACGAAGAUUAGUUAGUACAUGAUCAUUUCUGGGUAAAGUAUAAAUGAAUGCUUUGUAAACGUAUGAAAGCGCGUAAGAUAUUUAUUUUUAUAACUGUGAAUUAGUGCCAUAAGCUAUCAAUGUGUGAAGUGUAUUGUAGAUUUUUAAUGACAAUAUUGGUUUCGUGUACAGAUACAGGUAUUAAGUAAACCGGCGACAUUUGUUGUAAA